AUGGCGCGCGUCUAUGCCGAUGUUAACGAACAUAUGCCCCGGUCCUACUGGGACUAUGACAGUGUGAACAUCUCCUGGGGUGUUUUGGAGAAUUACGAGGUGGUCCGCAAGAUCGGUAAGGCCAAUACGACCGGCCGUCAUCUACCCGCAAAUACACCAAAAACGUCGUCCGGCCGCACGGCGAAUGAAUUGUGCCGCGGAAAGUACUCCGAAGUGUUCGAGGGCAUCAACGUUGUCAACUACCAGAAAUGCGUCAUUAAGGUACUGAAGCCGGUCAAGAAGAAGAAGAUUAAGCGUGAAAUCAAGAUCCUUCAGAACCUGGCGGGUGGCCCCAAUGUGGUCGCCUUGUUGGACGUGGUUCGCGACAGUCAGAGCAAGACGCCAAGCUUGGUGUUCGAAUAUGUCAACAACACGGAUUUCCGGACUCUCUACCCGCGGUUCUCCGACUAUGAUGUCCGUUACUAUGUUUUCGAGCUUCUGAAGGCCCUGGAUUUCUGCCACAGCAAGGGUAUCAUGCACCGGGAUGUGAAGCCUCACAAUGUCAUGAUUGACCAUGAGAAGCGCAAGCUCCGCCUUAUCGACUGGGGUCUUGCCGAAUUCUACCACAAGGGCACGGAAUACAACGUCCGCGUCGCUUCCCGUUACUUCAAGGGUCCCGAGCUUCUUGUUGAUUUCCAAGAAUACGACUACUCUCUGGACAUGUGGUCCCUGGGAGCUAUGUUUGCUUCCAUGAUCUUCCGCAAGGAGCCUUUCUUCCACGGUAACAGCAACUCCGACCAGUUGGUGAAGAUCGCCAAGGUGCUUGGUACCGAGGAGCUGUUCGAGUACCUGGACAAAUAUGAGAUUGAGCUGGACCCUCAAUAUGAUGAGAUCCUUUCUCGCUUUCCCCGGAAGCCUUGGCUCUCGUUUGUAAAUGCCGAGAACCAGCGCUUCGUCAGCGAUGAAGCGAUUGACUUUUUGGACAAACUACUCCGCUAUGACCAUGCUGAACGCCUUACUGCCCAGGAGGCCAUGGCUCAUUCAUACUUCGCCCCCGUGCGGGCGGCCGAGGCCCAGGCUGCCCGGAACAACACCACAACUGCCUAA